AUGGUGUCUCCUGCCCGCUUUCCGCGCGCGCCUGCUCCUCCCCUGCUUCUCCCCUGCCUCUCCCCUGCCUCCCCCCUGCCUCCCCCCUGCUCCUCCCCUGCCUCUCCCCUGCCUCCCCCCUGCGGCCUCCCCCCUGCCUCCCCCCUGCCUCCCCCCUGCCUCCCCCCUGCCUCCCCCCUGCCUCCCCCCUGCCUCCCACCUUCCUCUCCCUUGUCUCCCCCCUGCCUCCACCCUGCCUCUCCCUUGCCUCCCCCCUGCCUCCCCCCUGCCUCCCCCCUGCCUCUCUCCUUCCUCUCCCCUGCCUCCCCCCUGCCUCUCCCAUUCCUCACCCGCGGCCGCUCCCGCGGGCGGUGGCAACUGCGCGCGCAGGUGGUACUGCCAGCAGCGGGCGCGCACAUGGGCGUGGUGCAUCAGAUCCCCGAGGGCCACGUGGGCGUGUACUGGCGCGGGGGUGCGCUGCUCAAACACGUCACCGAGCCAGGCUACCACCUGCUGCUGCCCUUCAACACCACAUACGAGCCCAUCCAAGUCACACUGCAGACAGACCAGGUGACCAACAUCCCAUGCGGCACCAAGGGUGGCGUCAUGAUCUACUUUGACAAGAUCGAGGUGGUGAACAGGCUUCGGCACGACUACGUGCACGAGACGAUAAAGCAGUACGGGGUGAACUACGACAAGACGUGGAUCUACGACAAGAUUCACCACGAGAUCAACCAGUUCUGCAGUGCGCACUCGCUGCAGCAGGUCUACAUCGACCUCUUCGACCAGAUAGACGAGAAGGUGAAGGAGGCGAUCAUGCGGGACCUGGUGCAGUAUGCACCAGGCAUCGAGAUCAUUGGCGUGCGCGUCACCAAGCCCAAGAUCCCGCCCGUCAUCGCACGCAACUACGAGCAGAUGGAAGAGGAGAGGACCAAGGUGCUGAUAGUGAUUGAGCGACAGAAGGUGGUGGAGAAAGAGGGCACUCUCCCAUGCAUGUGCCUCCUCUCUCUCACUCCAUUCUGCGUCCACCUCACCCCACUCCUCCCCAACCUGCCGAUCCCCAUUCCCUGGUGUUCCCUCCUCUCAUGUCGUCACAUCGUGCUCAACCCCUCUCUUUUCCCUCCUUUCCCGUCCUUGCACCUCCCUCCCCUUGCUCCCCCAUUUCUCCCCCCAUCAAGAGUGAUGCGUGAGGCAGAGGCCAACAGUGCGCUGCUCACUGCGCCCUUCCUGAAGCUCAAAUCCAUAGAGGCACUCGCCAACAACACCAAGCUCUUCUUUGGUGAUAAGAUACCCUCUUUAAUUGAUCACCGACUCCUGUCCCAUUGGAGUGGUCAAGCCCCUCCAUAA